UAUCCGGUUAGGGUAGGGCUCAACCCGCACACACCGUGCAUCUGAAAAUCGUAGAUUGAAAACCUCACCAGCUUCACUCUGACUACGGGUGCGAUAGCCAGCCAACUUUCAGGUGUCCCAUCAAUAUCAGCAGCCAUGGGUAUCGACUUGGAUCGCCACCAUGUGCGCAGCACCCACCGCAAGGCGCCCAAGAGUGAAAACGUCUACCUCCAAGUCUUGGUGAAGCUUUAUCGGUUCCUCGCCCGUCGCACGGAAUCGAACUUCAACAAGGUUGUGUUGCGCCGCCUUUUCAUGUCCAGGAUCAACCGCCCUCCAGUUUCACUCUCUCGGCUUGUUUCGAACGUGACCGAAUCGCAUAAAGGGAAGACCAUUGUCGUCAUUGGUACUAUCACUGACGACAACCGUCUCCUCACCGUCCCGAAGCUCUCCGUCGCCGCUCUUCGUUUUACGGCUACUGCCAGAGCCAGGAUUGAGAAGGCUGGAGGUGAAACUUUGACUCUGGAUCAGCUUGCCCUGCGUGCCCCCACCGGAGCGAACACCCUCCUACUCCGCGGACCCAAGAAUGCCAGGGAAGCCGUGAAGCACUUCGGCUUCGGCCCGCACAGCCACAAGAAGCCCUACGUGCGGAGCAAGGGUCGG